CUCCUGCUGCCUGGCUCUCGGAGCGGGGCAGACUGAAAUGAGCAGAGCUCCGUUUCUCUCGCGUCCAGAAAUGUGCGCAGGGUGAAGAAGGAGCCGCAUCGCUGUCUGCGUGGAUCUCCUUCCAGACAAACAUCCCGAUCGCACGUCUCUAAUGUCGCACCGGAGACAAAAUACAACCACUUUCUGUUCAACCAGCCGCAGAACGCAGGCUUGUUUUUGUUGUUUUCUGUGUGGGAUAUCCCUCUUUUCUCUGAUUUCAAGGUGACCACUUCAAGGUUCUGGUUUUGUCCGAUCAACAGUCCAAAACAUAAAGGCGAGGCCGACCUGACUAAUCAUCCGAGGUGUCAAGACGGUACCUGUCCGAUGUCCUCUCCCCCCACAGUGUGAUGCGUCAUGGCUCCGGUGCUGAGAGGAGUGUGGUGGGGGCCCGAGGCCGGUGUGGUCGGGUCGGGGGCUGCAGCUGCUGACGGGGUGGCGUCGUGGCUGGGCAGUGGGCAGCUGGUCAUGGUCGUCACCCUCAGCACCCUCAGCGCCCUGCUGCUGGUCUCUAUGCUGCUGCUGCUGUGUGCCAGCUGCCAGGGGCAGAAGAAGGCCAUCAAUGGACAUCCAGCAGCAGACCAUGAGAACCUCAUGAAUGGACUAUCAGAGAGAGAUACGAUCAGCCAAUCAGCAGACAGUCCAGCAACGGAAGUGGCCGUCAGCAGCUCUCAUAAUGGUCCUCUAACCAGCGGUACAAUCCUCACGGACACACAGGACACCAGUCCACAGCCGUCAGAGGAGAUGCUCUCCAGCCAAUCAGAGCUCAGGUCCUCCAAGUGUCCUCAGGACCGUGAGCUUCCCAGCAUUCCUCCCAACAACGCCCUUAUUGGGGACAGACCCCCAGCCUCGGGGGACAGCACCUAUGAGGUGGUGAAGGAGAUUGCGGUGGCAUCACGUGACGUCAGCGUGGAAGACUCCCUGUACGAGACGCUCAAGGAGCUCAAAGACCCCCCCGCCCAGCUCGGCCUCCCCAACGGUACCGUCCAGCUGAGCCCCGACGAACCUCCCCAUCAUCCCGCCCCCCUUCUCAACGGCCACCUCAGCCCCUGCACACCUGAGCGGGGGCCCCUGUGCGCAGGGGUGGAGUACGCCUCCAUCGACCUGAAUAAGAAGAGUCGUCACAGCGCCGACAUGGAGGCCAAGAGGCGCUCCGAUAACGCCGUCCCUCCCUCACACAAGCCUCUGGAGGAACCAGAGGAGGACCGACCUCCGCCGGUACCAGAGAAGGUUCUGGAUGAAAAUGACAACCAGCCUGUGGUGAUGAAUGGGCUGGCUGGGGCUGGGCUGCACAAUGGAGAGUUACACUCCCCUCUGUCUCCUGCACAGGGGUUCGACAACCACAUUCUGUCAGACAAUGAGUCGGCGGUGUACUCUACAGUCAACAAAACAAACUGUGAAGAUGCUGAGAACGACGAAGACAAAGAGCACGACUACAGCAGCAUCGCAGAGCUCAAAGGUCUCGUCUCGGCCUCCUCCUCCAGUGACCUCUACGCCACUGUCCGAGACAUCUACGACCAACCCGACGACACCGAGCCGGGGGAAGACCCCAUCUUGGACGGCACGGAUCCCGGCUACGAAACCAUCCGUAUCCCAAAGACUAGUAGCUCGGACGAUGACAACAGGGCCGGGCUUGAGGCGGAGGGAUCAGACGCUGCCAAGGCGGAGCCUGACUACGAGAGCGUCGGAGAGUUGGGUCUCGGCCGGGAAACGUCCCGCCUCUGAGUUUUUUUCCCCUCCUCAUCGUCUUCAUGGGUGGUGCUGUGGGAGAAGCCUCCUCUCUGACGUCACUGCAGUGCUUUGAACCUGCUAGUAGGCAUGCUUUUGGUGCAUGACUUUGGGGGGGAAAUUGCUCGCCACAGCAUCCAUCAUCAAUGCAUGAGUGUCCUCCUUACAGCCUGGGUACGGUUUAUCAUAUCUGAACUUUUUAAUUUAUCAACCACGGCGAAUAUCAUUGGUACUGGUAGGCCUGAUAGAAAAUGAACUGUAGCACCUCAGUCAUUGGGCAUUAAUCAUGUGGAUGAGUGCACUUUGGAUCAUCAUUAAAUUCCUCUUUUGUCUUUUUGACAGGGCAUAUCAUGGACACAUUUAACAGCACUUGAUUGUGGAAAAAGAUCAAAUUAAUACACAUCAAAUAAAUAUCCAAUCGGAACACACAUGAAGCAUUUUAAGGGUUAGCUGAGGACACGAUCAGUGCCUGUGAUGUAUUAAAAAAAAACAAGAAUUCAGUGCCAUAUAAUCAUGUUAUUCAUGCACUUACUGUACUUAUGAAGGUAACAUUAUUUUUAUGCCCCUUCUGCAGCUGCUAGUGUCUUUCUAGCUUCUUCUAGGUGACUCAGUGUCAUGUUUUAUUGAGGUGUCAGAUGGUGUAUUUCUAGCUUUUCUUUGUUCAGCAGCACCUCCACUGUGCAUCCUCUGCUCGCAAUUCAUGUGAAUGGGUUUGAGGCAUGGAAAGCAAAACCACUCUUAUCUGUGACCUCAUAGUUAGUCGAAACAAUUCGUUAGAUUCUGCCACUAAAAAGAAAUUAUGACUUUUUGCUACAUACAUUUCACUGCAAUCGAGAACCGAAGGGAGGAAGGCAGUUUCACUAUGGAAUUUCACCAUACAUUUUGAAAGCAUUUUUAUACGUUCUACAGUCCAUGUCAACAUUUCUUUUGGUGAAAAUUUUAUUUAUUUGAAGACGCAUAUUGUUGUGUUAUUGUGAAAUGUUAAGUAUGUCUGUAAAAGGGUUUUCUAGAAGUUCUGAGCAAUUUUAUGGUGAUGACAGAUAUAAAGGUACGCUUUCCACUGACUUUUUAUAGAAUUCAUUGUUUUAAAAAACAAACGUAUUAUGUGAACAUAUUUUUCUUUGUCAUUUUGCACAAGAGUCAAAACAAAUUCAAAUGAAUUGUAAUGUGAUAGAAUGACGUAAAAAAAAACUUGCAUUAUGAAUACAAACCUAUUGAUAAACUGUAUUUUUUUGGUUGUCAUGUUCUUUUGAGCCUUCUAUUGGUACAGUAUAUCAUCCUUCAGUUGGUGUCCCAGAUGAAUUUUAAGCACAAGGUUUGAUAUCAUGGUACUGCAUUUAUAUAUAGCUUCACAAAAAGCAUCACAAUCUAGCUAUAGCUCUGCACAAUUUGAAUAUUUAAUGCUUUAAAAAAAGUUACUAGUAGCACUAUGAGAAAACCAUAUCUGUCUGUUUGUAGCUUGUACUGACGACAUGCCAACUAAGGGGGCACUAUUUUAACCAACUGUUACUCGCUGAAAGUUUUCUGUAAGCUUUUACUUAUUUGUACAAUGUCCAGAGUGGUUAUAAUUAUAAAACUAGUCUGUUAAGAGCACUGAUGUAUGCCUGCCUUGUUUUAAAGAAAACAUGAUGUCCAAUGGCUUUUUUUUUUUUUUUUACUGUUAUUGUAACUCAAAGUUGUCAAAUAGCUUUUGAGUCCUGAGAAGUAGUAACCAAUGGAACGUCCCAAAUAUGGUACAAUGUUUUGGUACAUGCAUUUAAAGAAACAUGGAGUGUGGUACUUUUAUUUUUUUAAAUCUGAAUUCAUGUGUCAAUAAUGUUGUUGGAUGUUUGUUUUCAUAUUCAAUAGGGCCAAUGUUUUUUGCUGUAAAUAUAUAUUUUACUGCUACAGUAUUUUCCGUCUUUGCAGAAACAUUUGUGUCAUCAAAUAUUACAGCAUCUCCAGCCUUCGUUCAUGUUUCAUUAGACAUGCAGGAGCUUGUUGGUGGUUCAGACAAAGGCAGCUAGCCCGCGCUGACUGGUAUUAGAUUCAUAAAUGAUAUCAGACAUUUAGAAAUGCUCUUAACAUCUCCCAGCAAUGCUACAUUGAAAGAGGAUUUAAAAUGCAGUCCACUUCCACUAUUUUAUGAACAAAAACAAGUUAACCAAGCCUAUAAAAAAAGAAUGUUCAUUUCUGUAAAGAGGUUGUUAUUAUCGUCAUUUAUACUCCCAAAAUAUGAGUACAUUGUUGUUAUCAAGUGAUGUGGCUGUGUAUCAGGGUGGUGCCAUCAUUUAGAUAUAAUGGUGUUCACAGAACGCUAUAAAUGACCUUUAAGGAAAUUAUCUGUCGAAUGAGGUGUUUUAGUGCCAAAUCUAACCAGAGAAACACAAACACAGACUUAAUAGACAAUUAGCUGUAAUCACCUGUUCUCUUUAGCUGUCUAUCUUGUUCAUAGAAACACACACACACACACACACACACACACACACACACACACACACACACACACACACACACACACACACACACACACACACACACACGCAUCCCUUGGUGUGAAAUUGGUGUGUUGGAGGUUCGGAGAUGCUCCCUUGCUGCCUCUCCUUCAGCUCCACUACUCCCAUUAUGAGACCAUUUGUUCCCCUUACAACCAGCAGACAACUCUAUGGUGACACCUGCCUUUGAUCACAGGACAAAGCCUGUUUUUUUGAAGCCAUGGCCACAUUUGUCUCUCCACUCCGUCCCGUUUCCAUUCUCUGCAUGUAAAUAUUUUAUGACAUGAAUUGUUCUAUUAAAAUAUAUAUAU